AUGGACUCGGACGAAGAUCAAAGGAAAGGGAAAGGCAGUGCCACAGGCACGGACGAACAGUAUGACAAGGACAACCUACCCUGGGUGGAGAAAUACAGACCAGUAACGUUGGAUGAUGUGGUGUCGCACAAGGAUAUCAUCGGCACGAUCGAGAAGUUCAUAGAGGCUAACCGCCUGCCACACCUGCUCUUCUAUGGGCCUCCUGGUACUGGAAAGACAUCGACUGUCCUAGCAGUCGCACGCCGGAUAUACGGAAAGGACUACCGCAAGCAGAUCCUCGAGUUGAACGCUUCCGACGACCGUGGUAUUGACGUCGGCUUCAAGCUUAUUAUCCUGGACGAAGCUGACAUGAUGACAACUGCUGCUCAAGCUGCCCUGCGGCGUGUCAUUGAGCAGUACACAAAGAAUGUCCGAUUCUGCAUUAUCUGCAACUACGUGAACAAAAUCAUUCCCGCUAUCCAGAGUCGUUGCACUCGUUUCCGUUUCUCGCCACUACCAAUCACAGAGGUCGAACGGCGACUGACCGGUGUCAUUGAAACGAAGGCUCUCAAAGGAGAUAUGCGACGCGCUCUCAACGUGCUUCAGGCAUGUCACGCGGCUUACGAUGUAAUCGGAGAAACAGAGAUCUACGACUGCACCGGCAGCCCGCAGCCAGCAGACAUAGAGACAGUGGUUAACUCCAUGCUGCCUCGCGCUUCCGAUCUCAUCAAUGGGGCGUAUGAGUACAUUGAGACAAUCGAGUUCAAGCCGCAUGCGCGGAUAUAUUUGCUCGACUUCCUUGCGACUACCGAGCAUAGGCUGUCAACAGGUGCUAGCGAGAAGAUCCAGCUCACCGCGUUGCUGGGUGCAUUCAAGAAUGCAGUGGAAUUGUCAGGCAAAUCGUCAUGA